AUGGCACGAAAGCGACUCUGUUCUGGGUCUGUGUCGGCAACAUACGAUGUUGUAAUAUACGGGUCAACCUCAGCUGCGCUUGUGGCCGCCAUCCAGACAACGCGUAUGAAUAAGACCGUCGCAAUUGUAUCUCCGACCAACCAUAUUGGCGGAAUGCUGGUUUCUGGUCUUGGGUGGACAGAUUCCAAGAACGGGAAUGCCAUCGGUGGUAUCGCGAGAGAGUUUUUUGUUCGGGUAUACAAUUACUACGAGUCUAGUUCUGCAUGGACCCAUGGGACCAGAGCACAAUACAUCGGCCAGAAUAUAGCUGCUCAGCCAGGGCCUGCCAUAGACGAAAGCAACCAAGUACAAUGGACUUUUGAGGCCCAUGUCGCCGAGCAGAUAUUGGAAGACUGGGUUGAGGAGUUGAACAUUACAAUCUUUCGAAAUGAGACACUUGAUGCGUCGGCUGACAGUGUGAUACUGAAAAACAACCGGAUUGAGUCUAUCAAAACGCUGUCAGGUCAUGUGUAUGAUGGCUUGAUGUUCAUAGAUGCCAGCUAUGAAGGUGAUUUUAUGGCUGCGGCCGGGGUUCCAUACACAAUAGGCCGCGAAAGCGAGGCAGACUUUGGAGAGUCCUUGGCCGGAGUCCAGAUUGCGCCAGACAGCAGCUACCAAGGAAUGUCUCCGUAUAUCACCGAGGGAGAUUCCGCCAGCGGCCUCAUCCAAGGAAUCGAUCGUGUCCUUACAGCCACAGAGGCUCAGCAACUAAAUGGUACUGCCGAUAAUUUACGACUUCAAGCCUUCAAUUAUCGGAUCAGCUUAACGCAGCAGUCUGACAACCUGGUGCCUUUUUCUCAGCCAGAAGGAUACGACGAAGAUGCCUAUGAGAUCUUAUUCCGUUACAUUGAAGCGGGCGAUGCAACGGUGCCAUUUUUCACAUCGCAGUUUAUGCCAAAUGAAAAGACAGACAGCAACUCAAAUGGAAAAGUCAGCACCGAUUUUCUGGGUGGAAACUAUGACACUGUUAAGAAGACAAACUACAUUGAAGAGAGUUUGGCACAGCGGCAAACAAUCGCCAACAAUUAUAAAACAUACACGCAAGGCUUUUUCUGGACGCUUGCCAACCACCCAAGAGUGCCUGCAACGAUUCGGAAUGCGACAGGCGCAUGGGGCUAUGCCAAGGACGAAUGGACGAGCAACGGAAAUUGGCCGUAUGAGAUUUACAUACGAGAAGCAAGACGCAUGCAGGGAAACUAUACCAUGACGCAAAGCGACGUACAGACCCCCAAGGGCUUCGGCACAGACAGCAUCAUUGGUCUCGGAUCUUAUACCAUGGACGUGCACGAGGCGGAAAGGAUAGUCAUUGGGUCUGAAAUUCAGAAUGAAGGGCUCGUCCAUACCCCUGUGCCGAAUCCGUUCCCCAUUGCAUUUGGCAGCAUUAUUCCUUCCUCAGACUCCAUCACCAACUUUCUGAAUCCCGUCACAAUGAGCGGCACUCAUGUGGCGUUUGCGGCCAUCCGACUGGAGCCAACGUAUAUGAUAAUGGGACAGAGCGCGGCGACUGCUGCUGUGCUGGCGAUUGAACAGUGUGUAAACAUACAAGAUGUUGACAGGCAAUCAUUGAGUGACCGAUUAGAGGCAGAUAAGCAGGUCUUGUCUCUGUAA